UUUUGAUUUUUCGCCGGCAGGCCAGAAGCGAACUCCCAGAAGAGGGGAGCAGCAAGGAUGGAAUGACAGCCGAGGGACGGAGGUGACACUUGACAGAGCCGAGCGGAGAUCCUACAGGGAAUAUCGACCCUAUGAGACCGAGAGGCAGGCGGACUUUACACCUGAGAAGUUUACAGAUGAAAAACCAGUUGACAGGUUUGAUCGAGACAGGCCACUGAGAGGACGUGGAGGCCCAAGAGGGGGCAUGCGAAGCAGAGGCAGAGGUGGUCCUGGGAACAGAGCUUUUGACGGUUUUGACCAGAGAGGAAGACGAGAAUUUGAGAGAUACGGUGGGAGUGAUAAAAUAGCAAUCAGAACUGAAGACAGCAUGGGUGGAUAUGGAGUUCGCACCUGGGGAUCAGGUAAAGAUACCAGUGACAUGGAUCUGACGGCGCCGAUGGAAGAGACCACAGGGCUGGAGGAGUCCCUGGGCCCCCUGGAGGAGGAAUCUCCAGCCAAAGUUCCUGAGUUGGAGGUAGAAGAAGAAACUCAAGUUCAAGAGAUGACCCUAGAUGAGUGGAAAAAUCUUCAAGAACAGACCAGACCAAAGCCUGAAUUUAACAUCCGGAAACCUGAGUCCACUGUCCCUUCCAAAGCGGUGGUGAUACACAAGUCCAAAUACAGAGAUGAUAUGGUGAAGGAUGACUAUGAAGACGAUGCCCACGUGUUCCGGAAAGCGGCCAAUGACAUCACGUCCCAGCUGGAGAUUAACUUCGGUAACCUCCCUCGUCCCGGGCGUGGAGCCAGAGGUGGCACCCGGGGAGGCCGGGGCAGGGUCAGAAGGGCGGAAAACUAUGGACCCAGAGCAGAAGUGGUGACACAAGACGUUGCUCCGAACCCGGAUGACCCCGACGACUUUCCUGCUCUGGCUUGAGAGCCUUAUCUCCCUGGCAACGAGAAACAGCGCUGGCUUACCUAUCAAGAGACUUUCCCUGCUGUGGGGAAGAGAGUCAGACUCUAAGAACAAUAGAUGUUGCUUUAUCCCGUGUGGUUCGAAUUCAUUGCACUUUCUGGGCCUGGGGAGUGUGGAAAUAGGGACGUUUUCCUCCAGACACUAGGGAGUCCCGGUCAGGGGUUAGUCUGGCACCUUCCCAAGAAGGUGGAGAAUGUUGAUUAUUUUUUUAUUCAAGGAAUUCCAAAUGAAGUUCAGAGAUAAUGCUUAAAAAUCUGUACAUAGAGAUUGUAGUGAAUCCUCCACAGAAGCAUGGAGAUUAAAGCAAGGUGUAAAAUAGAACUUAUUGAGAAUAUUUAAUAAGCUGUAUGGAUCUCGGAAGGCUGUGUCCUUCAGUGUUAGAGGAAGUAACAUAUAACUUGGACCAUUAACUUAAAGCAGUCACAGCCUAGUUCUCAGAGACCAAGAAAUUAAAAUACAAAAUACUGUUUACGUGUAAAUGUUCCACUCUCCUGGAAUCUUUUGAGUUCUGGUUUUCAUUUAACCAAUAAUUUUAAAGCGUCCCUGGCUGCCACUCUGUGGCAGAGAAUUAGAGGAAUAUUGAUUUUUUUUUCACGGUGAUUUAAACUACCUCGUGGUUCCCGUGUGUACACACACACGUACACACGCUUAGUGUAAAUGUGCAUAUGUAGUGUUUGGGUGGUUUUUAGGGUGAGUAUGAAAUAUAUGGGUUUAAAAAUCAUGUUAUUUAACCCACCAAUCAAGUGAAAAGGGGUCCAGGCAAAAGUGUGCUGCCACUGAACACGAGAUCUUUUUUUUCCCCCGAAGCUGGUGUCAGAAUUCAGCACCUGUGGGCAGAGGCCCUCUGUCCCUGUCCUGGGCAAGGCUUGUAAAUAGUAUUUAUUGAACUCCCACGCGCAGCGUUUCUCACUUGGUCCUUGCCCCAGUGCGAGUUGCUGUUUCUCGCCUUUGGUGAAGAAGGUCUGGGUCCCAGCCCGCCCAGCAGGGCCGAGACCUGCAAGUCCGUGUCCCCCCAGCCCAGCCGCCUGCGAGGUCGCGCCGCUUCACAGGAGAAACCGCGGGUAGCAGCUGCCGGGCGGCCCACAGUCGGUAUGCUUGUGUUGGAAUUUGAACCUUGGGAUCUGUGCUUUUUUUCCUUUCUUUUUCGCUUUGCUAUACUGUCUGAGAUGGCUCUGAACUUGAACCCAAGUGUAAAUAAAGGUUGGUAUUUCCCUCCUGA